AUGAAUAUUUCUUUCCUUCUUUUCACCAGAGAGACAGGAAAUGAGUCACAGAAAAUAUUAUAUGACAAUACAACAACUAUUCGAAAUUCUCAUUUCUCUCCAUUGAGGAAAACUCGCUUUGUUAUCCAUGGAUAUACCAGCACUGGAAAAUAUGGCUGGGUUGUGGAGCUGUGUUUGCUACUGGUGAAUGUGGAAAACAUCAACUGUAUUGCUGUAGAUUGGGAAGACGGAGCGAAAUGCACGUAUUUUUCUGCUGCCAGCAACACCCGUGUUCUGGGGGCUGUAAUAGCUUAUCUGAUCAAUACUUUCACGAAAAUGUAUCUGUACUGCCCAUCCAAAAUCCACCUCAUUGGCCAUAGUCUUGGUGCCCAUACUGCUGGAGAAGCAGGGAGACGACUUCGAGGCACUGGCAUAAGGUUUCUGGGCAUCGACAGAAUAACUGGUUUGGACCCUGCUGCAUUUGGUUUUGAAGGUUUCCCUGAUAUGGUCAGGCUGGAUCCUUCUGAUGCUAGAUUUGUGGAUGUCAUACAUACUAAUGCUGGCCGGUUUCCCAAUAUCGGAUUUGGGUUCCUUAAUGCCACAGGUGAUCUCGACUUUUACCCCAAUGGUGGAAAGAUAAUGGUUGGAUGUGAUAAUUCAGAUACACCACCAAUAGAACGUGACUCUGAAGACGUUUUUAAAGAGGCUCGUGCUGGGGGAAACUGCCACCACUCACGAAGUCAUGAGUACUACAGGUAUAGCAUUCUCUACCCAGAUGGCUUCAUUGCUUAUCCAUGUGAAUCAUAUGAAUCCUUUCAAGAGGGAAAUUGCUUUCCAUGCCCCAGAGAAGGCUGCCCAGUGAUGGGUCACUAUGCUGAUCGGUUCCGUACUAAGCUGAGGAAGAAUAAUUCCACCUACUAUUUAAACACAGGACCUAAGGAACCAUUUACCAGUUGGAGGUAUAAUAUAUCUGUCAGACUAUCUGGAAUAGGAACAGUGGAAGGUGAAAUAUAUAUCAUUUUCCGUAGUAGAGAUGGAGACACAAAGGGCUAUCAAAUUGAGAGUGGAACCCUUAAUCAACAACAAAUCUACUCAAAGGUCAUUGAUGUUGCGAUUAAGCCUCCAAAUGCUACGAGAAUUGAGUUUAUUUGGCAUAAACAGUCAUCAACUUCAUUUUUGGCUAAAAUGAAAGCAAAAAGAGUGAGUCUAAUGAGUGGACAGGAUGGGCGUGACACUGGCAAAAUCAUUGCCUUUCUUUUGAAAGUGAAUGAUCAAUAUAAAGUAUGCAGUAUUGAUUUUGAUCUGUUUUCUAAACUUGUGGAAGCAGGCCUCAAAAUUGCAGGUGGGGAUUAUGUCAGAACACGAUCUCCAUGUCAAGAAACAAAUUACUAUCAAGAAGAAGUGGACACCGGUCCCAGGAUAUAA